UUGGGUCUGAGUCGUCCCACACGGCUUCUUGCUUCUCGCAAAGAUGGCAAGAACACCUUCGUGUGACAAAAGUGGAAUGAGGAAAGGAACUUGGACUGCAGAAGAAGAUAGAAAAUUAAUUGCUUAUGUUACUAGGUAUGGUUGCUGGAAUUGGCGCCAACUCCCCAAGUUUGCAGGUCUUGCAAGGUGUGGGAAGAGUUGCAGGUUGAGGUGGUUGAAUUAUCUAAGGCCUAAUAUUAAAAGAGGGAACUUCACUCAAGAAGAAGAAGAUUGCAUCAUCAGAAUGCUCAAAAAGCUAGGCACUAGGUGGUCUGUCAUUGCGGCUGAGUUGCCAGGAAGAACAGAUAACGAAGUGAAGAACCAUUGGCACACCACCCUCAAGAGAAGAGUUGAAAAACAAACCUCUAAUACUAAUGAAGAAGCCAAAAUAAUCUCCAACUCAAAAAAUGCAGAACCAACAACAGGAAGGGACUUGGUGACCAAAAAUGGAAUUGGUUCCCUUCAAGUUACUCCUCCACCAGCAACUUCAAUCUCAGACAGCAUUGGUGCACUGUCCCCGUUCUCAUCCUCCAGUGAGUUCUCUUGCACAACUUCAGAUCAGAAGUUGGUGUUUGAAGAUGAUGACUUUGAUUUUCUGGAUGCAUUUACAGAGCAUGUCAAUGAAAAUUUCUGGUCAGAGCUGCAAAUUGAUACUAAUUAUGCUCCUCAAAAUCAAGACACUACCGAGAUCCUUGAUGCUUGUGCAUUGUCUCCCAAUCAAUCUUUGGUCCUUGAGAAUGAAUUUGGCAGCCUUCUGGAUGCACUUACAGAGCCAGCAAUUGAUAACUUUUGGGGACAGCCAUAUGUGACUGACACGUGCUAUGUGCCUGAAUCUGAAUAUUACUCUACAAUAUAUGAUGCAGAUCUUUGGAGUCAAAGUACUUUGUAUGAUGAGCAUUAUAGCUUGUUAUAAUUAUAUAAUGAAUAAUUUUACUCCAGUCUUGGUGAUUAAAUUUUAGCCUCUACACUAGUAUCAUGUAUGUAUGAUCACUAUACAUGUGAUGUCUUGAAUAAUGAAUUGUACUUCAUA